AACAACUAUAAAUAAUUGAAAAUCUCUAUGAUUCGAUGUCAGUUUCCAUUUGAAUAUUAAAAGUUUAUGAAGUUUUGUAAAAAUAACUCUUUCUCUUGUGCGUUAAAGUAAUCGAAAAAGUUUACAAAAUGAAAUUCCAGUUGACUGGAUUAUUAGUGGCAGCUGUCAUGUUGAUGGCUUGCUCCACUUGCUUGGCUCAAGGCCCAGGAGGUGGUGGUCAAGGCGGUGGUCAUGGUGGUGCUCAAGGCGGUGCUCAGGGUGGUGCUCAGGGAGGUAUGGGUGUUGGUAUGAGUGCUGGUGCCGGAGCCGGUGGCGGUAUGGGAGGUGGUGGUGGUAGCGGCAUGGGUGGUGGUGGCGGUCCACCUGGUGGUCGACGCCGUUAAUUAAUAUGGCUUUUCAAAUUCACUAAAGUUGACACAUAUUGAUUUAAAGUUCCCUUAAUAAAAUACGUAGCAAAAAUAUAGAAAUA